GGAUAGGAUAUAAACAGAGAACAUGAUAGCCUACUACAUUUCAGUUUUGUUCAAAUGACUGUCGGGACCGGAGUACCAUCACUCUGUCAUGAUGUGACUGUACCGGGAGUAAAUACUGUACAGCUUUUAUUAACACGUCAACGUACAGUGUCUUAAUGUGAAACUAAAUAUAACUGAAGAAGACAGCUACUCCCAGGGCUAACAUUAUCGUAAGCUAUUCUGUCAGACUCGACGACGAAGGAAACAACCAAGUGUUCUUGUAUGUCACACGGACGAAAUCAGUGCUCACUGGAGAAACAUCAGUGUCUUUCAAGAGGAGAGAAAUGUGUUUUGUGGACUCGGGCGUCUCGUCGAAGAAGACAUAUCAUAAGGACUAACAUCUUCAGAUUAACAGCAGUAAUGUGUUGACAUUCGCGUUGCAUCCUUAAGAUUUUUUAUGCUAACACUGACUGUAGGCUCGCGGAUGUUAGCUAGCUUUAUAUGUCGCUACAACUUGUAUUUUAGAUAGAUGACGCUUACAUUGCCCAGCAUCACCAAACAAGGUAACAUUAUUAACAUAUUAUUGUGGACAUGUUUGUAGAGACCUGCUAUGGGCAGCAGCUAUGACGCUAGGUGUAGCCCCAGGGUUAUGUCACUGUCAGGCUAACAGAUAGCUCGGUGUCUGCAGCUACUUUCAGUCUUUGCAUAGUCAUGUCCAACUGGGUUGGCAUCAUGUAAGUUAACGUUAAACUGUCCCACUGAACAGGUUAGGUGACCAGGGACACAGUGUGUUAGUGAGCCUGCUUGGAGAGUAAUGCAAAGCUGGAUUGCAGCUAUCCAACUGGGUCAAAGACUGACAGCUGGCACUGAUACAGUUUAGCUCAGGAUUGUUGUUAGCCAUGCUCACAACCGUCUGUUCAGUGUGAUAUUACAAACAUCUCAACUUAUUUAGAGGUUACGUGAAUGCAUCAUAUCCUGACUGCAUCUCUUAUUUAUGCAAUAAGGGACACCAGAGCAGCCUGACAUGAAAUAAAUCCGUAGUGCAAGAAGCAACAUUGCCAGGACUGAGAGCAUCAUUUGCUCUAGGAUAAUUUUCUGAAGAGGAGAGCAACAUUUACAGCUAUCCACCAGUGCCCAGUAUCAACUCGACCAUCAGUCCAUCACAAUGGAAACUGUGGGAGAUUUUGAGUACAGCAGAAAAGACUUGGUUGGACACGGAGCCUUUGCUGUGGUGUUUAAAGGAAGACACAGGAAGAAGACAGAUUGGGAGGUGGCGAUCAAGAGCAUUAAUAAGAAGAACCUGUCCAAGUCCCAGAUCCUUCUUGGCAAGGAAAUCAAAAUCCUUAAGGAGCUGCAGCAUGAAAACAUUGUGGCACUUUACGAUGUCCAGGAAACACCCAACUCUGUUUUCCUGGUCAUGGAGUACUGUAAUGGAGGUGAUCUCGCUGACUACCUGCAAGCCAAGGGGACACUAAGAGAAGACACACUUAGGGUUUUCCUCCAGCAGAUUGCUGCUGCCAUGCGCAUCCUCAACAGCAAAGGAAUCAUCCACCGGGACCUAAAGCCACAGAACAUCCUCCUGUCAUAUGUGGGUCGCAAGAAGUCCAACAUCAGUGGCAUCCGCAUCAAAAUAGCUGACUUUGGCUUUGCACGUUACCUCCAGAGCAACAUGAUGGCAGCCACACUCUGUGGGUCGCCCAUGUACAUGGCCCCAGAGGUCAUCAUGUCCCAGAACUAUGAUGCAAAGGCUGACUUGUGGAGCAUAGGGACAGUCAUUUACCAAUGUCUGGUUGGCAAGCCACCAUUCCAGGCCAAUAGUCCCCAAGACCUGAGGAUGUUCUAUGAGAAGAACAAGAAUUUACAACCUGUCAUCCCAAGGGAGACAUCCCAACAACUUGGCAACCUUUUGCUUGGGCUGCUGCAGAGGAAUCAGAAAGACAGGAUGGACUUUGAUACAUUUUUCAGCCAUCCUUUCCUGGAGCCUUCAUCUACCAUUAAAAAAUCGUGUCCAGUGCCAGUCCCCAGUGCCUCCAGCGCAGUGACUGACAGCUCCUGUGGCAGCUCCCCAUGCGUCCGAUACAACUCCCCUCCUUCUCUUCCGGACAUGCAGACACUAGCAGAAGAUGGUCUGUCAUCCCCUCCACUCGGUUCGCCUAGCUUCCUGCAGCUGUCUAAAGAGUCUGCAGGAAGCACCAGCAGUAAGAACUCGUCCUGUGACACUGACGACUUUGUCCUGGUGCCUCACAUCUCUACUGACAGUUAUGACCAGCCAAUGGGAGCAUGCCGCCGGCUGUCCAGUGAGUUCCUCAUGUGUGGUGGACCCUCCCAGGCUUUUACAUCAUUACAUAAUACUGGUUUCCAACUGGUGCCACUCUCUAACGGCCAUUUUCUUCACUCCUCCUCUUUUUUUGCAUUCUACAUGCAGCUGCAGCCUAUCCCCGGACAGACCCCGAUGGUAUCCCCACGGGCUGAGACCACCCCAAUCCCUGUUCCUACCCAGAUCCGUAACUACCAGCGCAUCAAGCAAAAUCUGUCUAGCAGCCCGACAACCACACUGUACAGCUCCCCCAGGUCUGCCACUGUGAGGCGCUCCAACACUAGUCCUAUGGGGUUUCCCAAGGUGGGCUCGGGGUCCCCCAGCUCUGCAGAUAUCCCUCAGACAGUAGGCAGACGUCUCUCCACUGGCAGCUCCCGUCCCUACUCCCCUUCACCUCUUGUGGGCACUAUCCCUGAGCAGCUGGGUCACUGCUGCUGUCACCUGCAGAACCACGAGCCUCGCAGCCGCAGCUCCUCGGGAGGUUCCCCUGUCCCAUCCUCUCAACUCCUGGGGGCUCGGCUUCAGAGUGCCCCCACCCUGACUGAGGUCUACCAGACCAGGCAGAAACUCCACAAGCAGUUGUCAGACCCUGUUCAGCCCUCCUCCUCCUCCUCCUCCUGCAGUCAUUCCCCUCAGCUCGGGCGGCCAGUCAACCUUGGCUCCUCCCCCACCAAGCUCCUGGGCUCCUCCCCCCGCACAUCUGACUGGCUGCAGAAGUCACCGCUGCCCACCAUCAUUGGCUCCCCAACAAAGGCCAUUUCGGCGCCAUUCAAGAUCCCUAAAACACAGGCAUCCUGUAACCUGAUGGCACUGGCUGAUAGCCCUGUGCCAACCAAGACAUUGGCAGAUGCCCGGGAUAUCUGUGCCCACCACUGCAGCCCAUACCUCACCGGACGCCCGGCUGCCCCUGAGGCCAGCAGGACCUUCGGCAGGUCUGUUAGUACAGGUCGUCUAUCUGAGCAGCCAAUCAGAAUCACUCUGGGUGGACAGGCCUAUCAGGGCAGCACUGACAGCUUGAAUGCAGAGCGACCCAUGGACACAGCCCCUGCAGGUCCCAGUGGCCAUGUUCCCGGUGGGUCAGCAAGUCCCCGUACAGUCCUUUUCACUGUGGGUUCACCACCAAACAGCAGCACUCCUCCUACCUGCAGCCAUCUGGGCACACGACCACGCACCACUUCAGUGGGAUCCAACAGUUCAGCUGGCUCCCUGUGUUCCACUAGUGGCCGGGUUUAUGUCGGUUCUCCUCCAGGCAUGGCCAUGGGCUCCUCUCCUCCAGGAGGUUUUGGGGGCGGGCAGGCUGUCCCCGGGACUGAGGGGGCACCCAGCAGCCUGCGCUACGUUCCCUAUGGUACCUCCCCUCCCAGCUUGGAGGGAUUCAUCACAUUUGAAGCCCCUGAGCUGCCCGAGGAGACCCUCAUGGAGCGGGAGCAUACAGACACCCUGAUGCACCUAAGGAUGAUACUUUCGUUCACUGACUGUGUACUGGAGAUGGCAGCAGUGCGAGCUGGAGGGACGGAGCUUGGUGUGUCGGCCGCUUCCCUCUACCCUCCACAGGAUAGUGUGGUUGUGGACCAGAUCAGCCAGCUCAGCAAAGAGUGGGGGCAGGUGGAGCAGUUGGUGCUCUAUAUGAAGGCAGCUCAGCUCCUGGCUUCCUCCCUCCAUCUGGCUAAAGCUCAGAUUAAAUCAGCCAAGCUCAAUCCUUCCACUGCUGUCAAACAGGUGGUGAAGGGUCUGAAUGAGCGCUACAAAAGCUGCAUCUCCCUCUGUCGGCAGUUGACUGACAAACUCAACCACUUCUUCUCCGAUAAGCAGCGUUUUGUGGAUGAAAUCAACAGCGUCACUGCAGAGAAGCUCAUCUAUAAUUAUGCGGUGGAGAUGGUUCAGUCAGCAGCUCUGGAUGAGAUGUUCAAGCAAACAGAAGAUAUAGCAUACCGCUACAGCAAGGCUGCAAUGCUGCUGGACGGCCUGUCCAAGAUCCUUCAGGACCCCACUGACAUUGAGAACGUGGUCAAGUACAAGGCCAGCGUGGACCGCAGGAUCUCAGCCCUCUGCUACUGCACUGUCACACUCUACGAGUAGUAGCCCUCACACAAACGCACAUGUACACACACAGGGACCACAUCCUAAAACUAUUGACUUGCAUUCACAUAAAGCUGCUGUUCUCUCCUGUAGCAGUUGAAGCACUUUUCAGCACCUUGAUAGGUUUCAUCUGUAUUUAUCAUCAUACCAGUGCAUCAUGGACUGAACUGUGACAAGCAACUGAUGCACAAAUUUACAACCAAAGAUGACAAUGGAUGCAGAAACAAAAGGCUGAAACCGGAUGUGAACAUAAUGCGUGCACUUUCAAGUGCAUUUUUUUUUCUUAUGCUAUGAUGGAGGAAAACCAUUUGAUCAACAUAAAUAAAAACUAAAGUCCAUCUUUAAGGAUAUUUGUUUUUUACCAGAAGAGAAAGAGGAUGGACAGGACUAUGAGACAGUGUUGUGGGCUUCAAGAGACUCCUCAUGAAGCACUUCAUGUUUUUUUUUUAAAUUCUGCUUAUUCUGUAAUAUCAGUGGUAAUUUACUCUAUGUUUAAGUUGUUGUUAUUUAUUGGUUCAGAAGAACAUGGAUGUUUGAUUUUCCUGCCUAUCUUGAACCUCAAGUAUUGGCGUGGAAGGAAAUGGAAGAAUUAGCAAAAGGCUUAUGGCUGAUCACUGUAACAGAUUCACCAACAUGGAUUUUUACAUGAAACAAACUCUUGUUACAGAAAUUAGACAUGUAAGCAGUGGAACACGUAGUUUUGUAACUGCUUUGUUUUUAUGUUUCUUGUGUUAGCUCAAGCACUUUAUUGUAGAUUGAGAGGAUGAGACGUUUAUCUGUACAAGUUCUGAAGAUAAAAAUGUGAAGGCAGGGGAGGGGUUUUCUGAUCACUCCCGCUCCCACCGUUAAAACUGAUCUGCUCUGUAUGCACAAUAAACACAUCUACAGAAUGCAUACAUUUCCCACCAGGGAAACUUGGGUGGAAAACAGUGCUGUUGGCCAAGACCUAUUGGCUGCAGCUCAGCUUUUUGGGGCCUAGUUUGUCUUGUUAGCUGAUUUAAAUUCCUAUAUAUAAAUAGGCAUGUCACCAAUUUUACACACAAAAAUCAGUUAAUUUGUCACAAGAAGCUCUCCUCAGCCUGUGAAUUGUAAAAAAAAAUUGCCCCUUUCCCACUGAACAAAACCCCCCAAACACCUGCUUACACCUGGCUUAUAUACUGUAUGUGAUGGGAAAGGUUACAAUCGGCAUUCAUACCCACGUCAGAUGACUGUGGCUCCAAUUGGCAGUAAUGGAAAUGCAACACCCAGGUGAAUGCGCUAAUUUUAGCUACCUUUACCAGCGAGAUGCACUGACGCACAACCACAAAAUACCAUCCAUUUCUGCCCAAGUAGCGCUACAACAAGUGAGUCUGCACUGAGUUUGAAAGAGAGACUGAAUAAGUAGGAAAAAAAGUAACCACCGUAUCAGUUUCACAGGCCUCCAUGCUGCUUUCUGCUGUUUGUUAACCUGUCUUCUGGCCAGCUGUAACAUCAGACGUGACACACCAGUGACAAACAAACAGAACACACAGAAAGGCAUACCUGUCUGCAGCAGAGCAGUGUACACAGCACUGUUCUUCGGGCAAUGGGGAAGACAUCAAUAAACUAUUUUAAAGUGGGGUUUCCCGAGAUUUUGACCUAGAUGAUGUCAUGAGAGUUAUCUUGACUGGGCCUGGAGACUCCAGUUUUUUUAACAGAUAAUGUAAAAGUAUAAAGUGUUGUAAACUGGUGGUGUGGAGUUGGAAAUGGAGGCAUUACCAAGCAAGGAGGGUCUAAUGGCAGAUGGUAUCGGGUUGCAUUAUAGGAUAUGUAGGAUACUUAGGGAUCUUGACCCAUAUUAGUUGUUCUCCAACUUAAUGGAAGUGUAAUGCUAAAUCAGUUAAAAUAUCCCUUUAACUCCAGAUACAGUAAAUAUGUCUGACAUAAGGAAAAGUGGGCUACAAUUUGAAUGCAGCAUUUUAAGGUUUCCCUGUUCUUUACUAUUCAAACCAACAUCAUUCUUUAAAAUACUGUAGUUUGAUAAAUGACUUAUACAUACAGGGCUGAGGAGCUUUGAUUACCUUUUAUUAUUUUUACCUCUUUAAACCCUGAUGGACUGAAGUGUGAAACUGAAUGGUCAUAUUACUUGACAAGUUACCAUAAUAAGUUUCAUUUUACUAUAAUACUACAGCUUUUUAUGUCCUGUCAGUAUCUGUAGCUCAUUUUUUAACAAAACUUGAUGUUUGCAAACUUGUAUAUAUUUGUAUGUGGUGCAUGUGAUGAUUCCUUUCCCCUCUUUUUGGGAGGGAGGUGCGUGCAUGUGAGAUCACAGUUUGAGUUUUGAGGGCAUUGAUGCUAGCAUCAGAUGGCCUGCUUGUCAGUGAAAGAGCACAAAUCUUUAUAUGUACAUAGUUGAAUUUGAUACAUUUUAUUCAUGUAUGCCAAGGGUUUGAUAAAGAAACCUCUUUUGGCACAACAGGGGUGUGCCAAAGAAUAAAGCAAAACUUGUGGCAGCUCCAAAACUUUCCAGAGAACUCUUUCUACCAGGAUUGUUCAUUAUUAGGAUCAAGACUCAUAUUUCUUCAGUGGGUCUUAUGAAAUAUUCUGAAAUGAGUGUGAUGUCUUUAGAUUUCAUACUUGUUUUCCAAAAUGUUUUGAUUUGUCACAAUCUGCACUGCCCAACAUCCACUCUGUCCCUUCUGCCUCCCCUCAAUCGUCUGCUGUGCUCCAACAGUGUAUGUACUGUAUGUAUGAGUGUAUAUAAACACACGUGCACUUGGCAGGUGUGCAUUACGGCCAGUAGUAUACAGUUAACGUUGGAAAAGAAGAUGCCUUCUUGUGAAAGCACACAAAGGCGUACUCCUCUGUACAGGUGUGAAUACAUUAUUUUUCUGUGUAAAAAUGUGUAUAAAUGCAUUCACAGGCACCCAGUGGUCUCUGGGUCUGUUUCUGUAAUGUAUUGUUUUUUUGUUUUGUUUUUUAAACAUAUCGGGUUUCUGUUUCUCUCGUCCUUGUCAUGAGCACUCUGAACCACACAAGCCUUUUACCAUUACCAGAGUGCAGAGUGACAAAUAAAGCUGAUGGAAACCAACCUGAGUUUUACUCUCAACUAUUUUGCCCAUGGACUGUGUUUAGAUGAAGCAUGGGUACAAAGUCUGCAUUUUUACCCCGUAGAACCUCUAGAAUCUUGAAUGUAUGUACCGUUGUUUUGCGCCUCCCCAGCUUGAUCUGAAUGCAUUCUGAAAAAAUCUGCUGUCAGACUCAUGACCCAGAAAAUGCAAUCCUUUCCAAGCACCAGUUUUUCAAAGAGAAAUGUUAAUGUUAUACUUGUGCCCCUCAAAAAGGGGUGUCUGUCUUUGUUAAUAAAAACAAACAAAAAUGAAA